AGUGCCCGCCCGGGGCGAGCACGGCGGCCGCAGCGGCUCUGCAGCGCUGGAGCGGACGGCGACCUGCGGCGGCGCGGGGCCCUCGGCGUGGUCUUCCGACCCAGAGGAGUCGCGGACGAGGAAGGGGAGGUCCGGCCCUCGGCGCAAGCCGGAGAAAGGAGGAUGACGAUUUAACCCGCCCUCUCCUGCCAGUCCUGUUGCCUGGCGCUCCUCGGGUGCCCGCCGCCGGAGCCUGGGAGCCGCGCCCGGGGUAGUGCCGCAUGGGGCAGGGCCGCUGAAGCGCGGAGUUCGGGGUCUCGCCAAGGCGGGCGCAGGGGCCCGACGCUGCAAUUGGCACAGUUUCGGCGCGCUUCAACGCGAGAGCUGGGCGGGCGGCACGCCUAUCCGACCGUCUCGGUGCCCUCGGGAGGUGCGAGUUAUGGAGCCCCCCAGCUGCAUUCAGGAUGAGCCGUUCCCGCACCCUCUGGAGCCCGAGCCGGGCGCUCCUGCACAGCUGGGCCCCGGGAAACCGGGCGACAAGCGGUUCCGGCUGUGGUACGUGGGGGGGUCGUGCUUGGACCGCAGGACCACGCUGCCCAUGCUGCCCUGGCUAAUGGCCGAGAUCCGCCGGCGCAGUCAGAAGCCCGAGGCGGGCGGCUGCGGGGCGCCGGCGCCCCGCGAGGUGCUCCUGGUGCUCAGCGCGCCUUUCUUGCGCUGCGUCCCCGCGCCGGGCGCCGGGGCCGUGGGGGCCUCCGGCCCCGCGACCGCUCAGCCCAACCCGGCCGUGUUCAUCUUCGAGCACAAGGCGCAGCACAUCUCGCGUUUCAUCCACAAUAGCCACGACCUCACCUACUUUGCCUACCUGAUCAAGGCGCAGCCCGACGACCCCGAGUCGCAGAUGGCCUGCCACGUUUUCCGGGCCACAGACCCCAAUCAGGUUCCGGAUGUCAUCAGCAGCAUAAGGCAGUUAUCGAAAGCGGCCAUGAAAGAGGAUGCCAAGCCCAGCAAAGACAACGAGGACGCCUUUUACAACUCGCAAAAGUUCGAGGUCCUGUACUGCGGCAAGGUGACGGUGACCCACAAGAAGGCCCCGUCCAGCCUCAUCGACGACUGCAUUGAGAAGUUCAGCCUGCACGAGCAGCAGCGCCUGAGGGUCCAGGGCGAGCCCCGCCCCCCGGAUGCGGGCGAGGACUCGGCGGCGCUGGUGGCCGAGGCGCCGGCUCCCCUCACGGACGCGCUGUCCGAGGAAGGGGACGACGUCGCCGACACCCACCCGGUCUUUUCCUCCGCUCCCAGCCAGCCUGGACCGGCCAGCUCUCGCAUCUGCUUCCCCGAGCGGAUUUUGGAAGAUUCUGCCUUUGAUGAACAGCAGGAGUUCCGGUCCCGGUGCAGCAGCGUCACGGGUGUCCUGCAGAGGAAAGUUCACGAGAACAGCCAGAAGCCCCAGCCGCGGAGGAGGCACGCCAGCGCGCCCAGCCACGUCCAGCCCUCGGAUUCGGAGAAGAACAGAACGAUGCUGUUCCAGGUUGGCCGAUUUGAGAUUAACCUCAUCAGUCCAGACACUAAAUCAGUUGUGCUUGAGAAGAAUUUUAAAGAUAUCUCUUCUUGUUCCCAGGGUAUAAAGCACGUCGAUCACUUUGGCUUCAUCUGUCGGGAGUCACCGGAGCCUGGGCUGAGCCAGUAUAUCUGUUACGUGUUCCAGUGUGCCAGCGAGUCUCUGGUCGAUGAGGUGAUGCUGACUCUCAAACAGGCUUUCAGUACGGCCGCUGCCCUGCAGAGUGCCAAGACCCAGAUUAAGCUGUGUGAGGCCUGCCCUAUGCACUCUUUGCAUAAGCUCUGUGAACGGAUUGAAGGUCUCUACCCACCAAGAGCCAAGCUGGUAAUACAGAGGCACCUCUCAUCAUUGACUGAUAAUGAGCAAGCUGACAUCUUUGAACGAGUCCAGAAAAUGAAGCCCAUCAAUGACCAGGAGGAGAAUGAACUUGUCAUUUUACAUCUGAGGCAGCUCUGUGAAGCCAAGCAGAGGACACACAUUCACAUUGGGGAAGGCCCAUCGACUAUUUCCAGUAGUACAAUCCCGGAAAAUUCGACGAGCAGUGGAAGGUUCAAACUUGACAUCCUGAAAAAUAAAGCUAAGAGAUCUUUAACUAGCUCCCUGGAAAACAUCUUCUCAAGGGGAGCUAGCAGAAUGAGAGGCCGGCUUGGAAGUAUGGACAGCUUUGAACGGUCCAACAGUCUUGCUUCAGAGAAGGACUACUCGCCCGGAGACUCUCCGCCCGGGACCCCGCCAGCUUCCCCACUGUCCGCCGCUUGGCAGACGUUCCCUGAAGAGGAUUCCGACUCCCCGCAGUUUCGAAGACGGGCCCACACGUUCAGCCACCCACCUUCCAGCACGAAGAGAAAGCUGAAUUUCCAGGAUGGGAAGGCUCAUGGGGUCCGCUCCCCUCUGCUGAGGCAGGGCUCCAGCGAACAUUGCAGCAGCCUUCCGUCAGUUCGGCGCAUGCACAAGGAGAAUAAUUCUUCCACCAGUCUUCCAAGUCUUCAUACUUCCUCCUCUGCCCCUUCCUUCACUGCCCCCUCUUUCCUGAAAAGCUUUUACCAGAAUUCAGGUAGACUGUCCCCACAGUAUGAAAAUGAAAUCAGCGAUGGAGAGGGGAGAAAAAGGACCUCAUCCACCUGCAGCAAUGAGUCGCUAAACACUGGAGGAACCCCUGUCACUCCUCGCCGAAUUUCCUGGCGACAGCGCAUCUUCCUUAGGGUUGCCUCGCCCAUGAACAAAUCUCCGUCGGCAAUGCAGCAGCAGGAUGGACUGGACAGGAGUGAGCUGCUGCCACUGUCCCCUCUGGCGCCAACCAUGGAGGAGGAACCGCUGGUUAUAUUCACAUCUGUUGAAGAUGACACGGAAAAGGUGGAAGGAAGGAAAAAGUCGGAAGAACUGAGGAGUUUGUGGAGAAAAGCUAUACACCAGCAAAUCCUGUUGCUUCGAAUGGAAAAAGAAAACCAGAAACUUGAAGCAAGCAGAGAUGAACUCCAGUCCAGGAAAGUUAAACUGGAUUAUGAAGAAGUUGGUGUGUGUCAGAAGGAGGUCUUCAUAACCUGGGAUAAGAAGUUGUUAAACUGCAGAGCUAAAAUCAGAUGUGAUAUGGAAGAUAUUCAUACUUCUCUAAAAGAAGGUGUUCCCAAAAGUCGGCGAGGAGAAAUCUGGCAGUUCCUCGCUUUGCAAUAUCGUCUGAGACACAGAUUGCCUAAUAAGCAUCAGCCUCCUGACACAUCCUACAAAGAGCUUUUAAAGCAGCUCACGGCCCAGCAGCAUGCUAUUCUAGUGGACUUAGGGAGGACAUUCCCUACCCACCCUUAUUUUUCGGCACAGCUCGGGGCAGGGCAGCUGUCUCUCUUUAACCUCUUGAAAGCCUAUUCAUUGCUGGAUAAAGAAGUGGGUUACUGUCAGGGGAUCAGCUUUGUGGCCGGAGUCCUGCUUCUGCACAUGAGUGAAGAGCAAGCCUUUGAAAUGCUAAAGUUCCUCAUGUAUGACCUGGGCUUCCGCAAGCAGUACCGACCUGACAUGAUGUCACUACAGAUUCAGAUGUACCAGCUGUCCAGGCUCCUUCAUGACUAUCACAGAGCUCUCUACAAUCAUCUUGAAGAAAAUGAAAUCAGCCCCAGUCUUUAUGCUGCCCCCUGGUUCCUGACAUUGUUUGCCUCUCAGUUUCCAUUAGGAUUUGUAGCCAGAGUUUUUGAUAUUAUUUUUCUCCAGGGAACUGAAGUUAUAUUUAAGGUCGCCCUCAGCCUGCUGAGUAACCAAGAGACACUCAUAAUGGAAUGUGAAAACUUUGAAAAUAUUGUCGAAUUCCUUAAAAACACGCUACCUGAUAUGAAUACAUCUGAAAUGGAGAAAAUUAUCACCCAGGUUUUCGAGAUGGACAUUUCUAAACAGUUACACGCCUAUGAGGUGGAGUAUCAUGUGCUGCAGGAUGAACUCCAGGAAUCUUUAUAUGCCUCUGAGGAGAGUGAGCCCAUGGAGAAGCUGGAGAGGGCCAAUAGCCAACUGAAAAGACAGAACAUGGAUCUCCUAGAAAAAUUACAGAUAGCUCAUGCUAAAAUCCAAACCUUGGAAUCCAACCUGGAAAAUCUUUUAACCCGAGAGACCAAAAUGAAGUCAUUGAUCCGGACGCUGGAACAAGAGAAAACGGCUUAUCAAAAGGCAGUGGAGCACAUCCGGAAGCUGCUGCCGCCAGAUGCUCUGGCCAGUUUUGACCCGCUGCUGAGAGACUUGAACUGCAACCCUAACAACAAAGCCAAGAUCGGAAACAAGCCAUGAACGGAGGCAGGCUGCCGGGGCAGGAAGUGCCCCGAGGAUGCGAGGAUGCAGGAUGCGUCAGUUAGGAGGAGGCUGCAUGCUCCUGGCCCAUCGCUGGACACCGGAGCUGACAGAACCACCAAAUCGGGUCUGAGCCCAGAUUGGAGUGGUAGCCCUCGCUCUCCUUAGACCAUGCCAGUUCUAUGCCAUUGUACGUAAGCAGACUGUUUUUUGCUGUCCAUGUUGACUAUGUACAUACAUAUAUAUAAUGGACCUAAAGAGUUCUUGCUUUCUGAAAAAAAGGAGUAGAUGUAUAUUUAGGGCAACUUUUUUAAAAAAUCAAAACUUCAUGAAAUCCACAUCAAAGGGAAGCUAAAGUGAAAUUCCCUUGGACACAUGUGAAAUCAUUUUGUCUUUGUAGUGAAACAAAGCUAGAACAUCUUUGUAUAUUGACAUAUACUUGAAAAAAAUGAAUGUAUUUUUUUCUCCAAAGAACAGCAUGUUUCACUCAGUGGUGGGGAGGUUAAAAACUUUUGGGUAGCUUUAUGUGGACCUGUCUUAAAAUCUACUGACAAUAUAUAUAAUAUAUAUAUAUGGAAAAUGA